AUGAUGUUUUCUCCAAGGCUUGUAUCAGUAUUGCUUCUUUUGUUCAGCCAAGGCCAAAAGGUAUCGCUUUACUCAUUUGAGAACUGUGAGGUCCAUGGACUCUUGGGGAACAGAACAAAAGUUCUGUGCUACAAAAGGAAUUUGACUGAAGUGCCAACCCAUCUGCCAAGCGAACUUGUUUCCUUAGAUUUGUCUGAGAAUGCUAUUACAAGUCUGGGGAAGAGGGGCUUUGGGAGCUUGAGCAGCCUGCAAGUUCUGAACGUUUCAAAGAACAGAAUAGCUCACAUUGAAGAAGGUGCUUUCGCGCGCACAGGCCAGCUGGAGGUCUUGAACCUCACUGCGAACCGGCUGGUUCUCCUUUCCAGCUCCAUGUUUGAUGGACUCAUGAACCUCACCACCUUGCUGCUUGGCCACAAUCAGAUAUGCAGGAUUGAGCCAUCUGCCUUCACCCGCUUGGAGAAAUUAAAGGUAAUUGAUUUAUCUUCAAACAGAUUGCAUGCCAUGAAUACUAUUCAACCCGUGUUUAACGUGGAAACUUUGGAGGAGCUGCACAUCCAAGACAACCACUUGCAGAACUUCUCAACGGCAGAGAUCGUUCGUGUACCUGUACUGCUCCGUAAAUUGAAUGCAUCCCAUAACCCAAUUUCUCUGGUUAAUGUUACAACUCCAGUUUUGCAAAGCCUUCUUUCACUUGAUUUAUCCUUCUCUAUUCCAGGGGUCUCCAUUGUAUGGCUAAUACAAGAUCCAUGCUUCUUAAAGGGGUUACAGGCAUUAUAUUUAGGAGGAAUGGCCAUGAAACCAUCAGACAUAAGAAAUGUGACCAAAAUGCUGACUUGCUCUCUGUUAGAGGUUAUCCAUCUAAACCAUUUAAACUUGACUGAGUCAGAUGGCCUUAUAGAGCAGGUGUGCCAAUCCCAUCCAAAUGUCAAGACUCUUAAUUUACAAGGCAAUAGGUUCAGAACUGUUGACGCACGAGCCUUUGAAAAGUGCACACAACUGAGGUAUCUGUAUAUGUCAUUUAACAAGUUGAAUGAGCUGCCAAUGGCAUUGUUUCUGUCACUGCAUUCUUUGCAACUUCUUUCUUUGGCAAACAACGAAUUCACAAAUGUACCAAAUGCUACUUCUUAUAUGACCUCAUUAAAAAGCCUGGAUCUUAGUUAUAACAAGAUCCAGAUUUCUGGUGUCCUAUCAGAUCUCUUUGGUGCCCUGCAUAGUUUGCAAGAACUGAAUCUGGGAGUAAAUCUUUUAAAUGAAAUCAAAGAACAUUUCCCAGCAAGCUUAGCGAAGCUGGAAACUCUCGUGCUAAGUCAAAAUAAUUUGAAUUCCCUAAAGAAAGGCAUUUUUAAGCAUCUCACUUCACUGCAGGUUCUUAAUCUGGCAGACAACAGGAUUGCCACAAUAGAACCAGGAGCCUUGGAAGGUCUGAGUAACCUGCACACUCUUGUUCUUGGAAGCAACAGGAUCACUAGAGACACUCUGCAGGAAGGGGUCUUUCAAGGGGCAAGCUCUUUAGCAGAACUUGGAAUUUUUAACAAUUACAUCAGUUAUGAGUCCCCCCAAAUGCUUGCCAAACCGCCCUUUCAGUUUCUAAAUUCCUUAAAGAAACUACAGAUGAACAGCCAACGUCGUGAUGGAUUAAAAAAUUUUCCAGUCAACUUUUUGCAAGGAUUGGACUCCAUUGUGCAGAUCCAUGCAGGCAACUUAGCAAUCUCUUCCUUGGAUCCCAAGACUUUUAAUUACACCCCUACUCUUCAAGAGCUUGAUUUAAGUAACAACAAUCUUGCCUCUAUUAGCAAUACCCUAUUCUGCCCUGUACCAAACCUGAAAGAACUCCACCUCAAUAAAAAUCAACUAACUUCUCUCAGCUUUGUUUCCCACGCCAACCUUUCCAAGCUGACUCUCUUCAGAGUAACUGGGAACCUAAUAGAAGUUAUUACGAAAGAGCAAAUAAGAGCUUUGCCUUCCCUCCUUUUUCUAGAUUUUGGGCGAAAUCCUUUCACCUGUUCCUGCGAUAACCAAAUGUUCAUCAAUUGGUCACUACAGAAUCCUAAAACUCAGGUGCUCCAUUUCUAUCAGUACACCUGUGCUUUCCCUUCAACAUACAAGGGGGAGAAACUGUGGACCUUUAAGACAGCCUUUUGCAUAGCUGACCAUGAGUUUAUCCUCUACAUCACAAACACAACAGCAGUCCUUUUACUGAUGCUUGUCUGCUUCUUUUAUCAGUGGAGGUUGCACCUGAUCUAUACUUACCACCUAUUACUUGCGUACUUUAUUGACAAGAGGCAGAAAAGGAAGGGCCGAGGCAUGGAAUAUGAUUAUGACGCUUUCCUUUCCUACAACACACACGAUGAAAAGUGGGUGAUGAACGGCCUCUUGCCAGUGCUAGAAAACCAAUAUCGCUGGAAACUCUGCCUGCAUCACCGAGACUUUGAGCCAGGGCGGUCCAUCCUGGAAAACAUUGUAGACAACAUCUAUGCUAGCAGGAAGACCAUUUGUGUAAUAAGUCGCCACUACCUGGAAAGCGAGUGGUGCUCCAAAGAGAUCCAGGUGGCAAGUUUUCGUAUCUUUGAUGACUGCAAGGAUGUCCUAGUGCUCAUUUUCCUGGAAGACAUCCCCAGCGAGUAUUUGUCACCCUACCACAGAAUGCGAAAACUGAUAAAGAAGAAAACCUACCUCAAAUGGCCCCAGGAUGAGCAAGAGAUACCAUUGUUUUGGUAUAAGCUCAAUAUGGCUAUGAAGAGCAGUGAAGGGAAAGGGGAUGAAAAUCCUGUUUUGGCUGGAUUUGUUCCUGACAAAGUUCCAUAAAGACUGUAUCCUGUGGCAAAUCUAUCUAUGGUGUGUCUGAUCAACACAGGCCUACAUACACUAGCAUUACAAAGACAUCACUACAAUAAUCACAGUCACUUCAGUAUUCAUAGACACUGUCUGUUCCUGCCAGAAAUUUUUCAUAGGACCAAUUCUGAUGGAAGGUGUUUGUUUUUUCAUAGAGGAAUAAAUGUGGGGAAAUACAAUAGGAAAAAUGGUCUUUAAAUGCAAAUCCUACACUGAUUUUCCAAAAAGAGUUGGUUUUACUAGAUUUGUACAAAUCCUACUUGGGAUUUGCAUUCUGAUGUUUUGUUUUACCAUGCAUAUCUGUGAAAGGAAAAAAAUGUUACGUCAGAAAGAGACUCUAGAAGCAAAACUUGCAAUCUAUUCCUAUGCAUGUUUUCUCAGAAGACAGGCCCAUUAUGUUCAGUGGGUCUAACUUCUAUGCAAGUUUGCACAGAAUUACACAUGUAUGCAUUUGCAUGCUUACCACUGCAACUAAUGGGCAUAACUUCUGAGAAAGCAGGCACAGGAUUGUUCUUCGUGUCUCAAGGCAGGAGGGCCAGAAAAGGAUAUGUGUCACACUAGCCUGGUGAUUUGGUGGGUAAGUAGAUAAAUCAAAAACACUGAUUUCACUAAACUGUGAUUGCACUGUAAGAAACCAGACCAUGUUUCGUUCUAAAAUGAAAGACAGUACAAGGUUAUACAAGUCUACUCAGAAAUAAAUCCCAUUGGGUUCAGUGAGACUUACUCUUACGUAAGGAUAUGGGUAUAGAAUUGCAGCCAGAGACACACAAAAUUGUGAACAGCCAAACUGGGAAGUUUGGGUUACAAAAUAAUUACAUUGCCAACCAGCCUGGCAAUUCCAAAAUAAGCAAAAUUCUUUCUUUCUCUGUGGGUCUGUUCAGACAACUCACUAAGCCAUGGUUAGGCGGCACACCCUUUUGCAGCAAAUAGCUAGUAAGCUUGUUUAAACUGUGGUUAUGUGUAGCCACCAUGAUUAGGAAUGAUUCACACGACAUGCUAAGCCAUAAUGUUUAGCUCAAAAUGCUUUACCACCAUGGCUUAGCAUGUUGUCUGAACACGAUGUGUGGCAUUGGUAAUGGACAUGUGCUUAAACUCUUACAAAUCAUUUACUAAAGCUAUAGCUUCUAGAAAUGUUUCGCUGCGUACUUUUGUUUAGCAAACUCAGCUGCUUGAAUUCCUUUAAAGUUUAUGUUUGGAAAUAAAUAAACGGGGGGAAAUGCUUUUGUCUUGGAGGAGGAGGAUUGCUUAGGACUUCUGAAUCUUACUUUGAUUAUUGUUCAGGCCCAUUUCUAAUAUGAAGUACUAAAUUAAUCGUUUUGAGAUUUAAGUAGGAAUUAGA